CCGCCCUCGCCGCAGCUCCCGGUGCCGCCGCCCGGCCGGCCCCCCGCGGGCCCUGCCUGACCAUGGCCGCCGCCUCCUCCCCGCCCAGGCCCGACAAGAAGCGCUGGGGCUGCGGCCGCCUGCCGGGCUCCCGGCGGGGCAGCACGGGCCUGGCCAAGAAGUGUCCCUUCUCGCUGGAGCUGGCGGAGGGCGGCCCGGCGGGCGGCGCGCUCUACGCACCCAUCGCGCCGCCUGGCGCCCCGGGGCCCGCGCCCCUCGCGCCCUCCGCCGCGCCCCCGACCGCCGCAGACCUUGCCGCGCGGCCGCCGGUGAGCCUCGACCCGCGCGUCUCCAUCUACAGCGCACGCCGCCCGCUCCUCGCGCGCACCCACAUCCAGGGCCGCGUCUACAACUUCCUCGAGCGCCCCACCGGCUGGAAGUGCUUCAUCUACCACUUUGCUGUCUUCCUCAUCGUCCUGGUCUGCCUCAUCUUCAGUGUGCUGUCCACCAUCGAGCAGUACGUCGCCCUGGCCACAGGGACCCUCUUCUGGAUGGAGAUUGUCCUGGUGGUGUUCUUUGGGACGGAGUACGUGGUCCGUCUCUGGUCGGCAGGCUGCCGCAGCAAGUACGUAGGCAUCUGGGGGAGGCUGCGCUUUGCCCGGAAGCCCAUCUCCAUCAUCGACCUCAUCGUGGUCCUGGCCUCCAUGGUUGUCCUCUGCGUGGGCUCCAAAGGGCAGGUGUUUGCCACCUCGGCCAUCAGGGGCAUCCGCUUCCUCCAGAUCCUGAGGAUGCUGCACGUGGAUCGUCAGGGAGGUACCUGGAGGCUGCUCGGCUCCGUGGUGUUCAUCCACCGCCAGGAGCUCAUCACCACCUUGUACAUCGGCUUCCUGGGCCUCAUCUUCUCCUCAUACUUCGUGUACCUGGCCGAGAAGGACGCCGUGAACGAGUCGGGCCAAGUGGAGUUUGGCAGCUACGCGGAUGCCCUGUGGUGGGGGGUGGUCACGGUCACCACCAUCGGCUACGGAGACAAGGUGCCCCAGACAUGGGUCGGGAAGACCAUCGCCUCCUGCUUCUCUGUGUUCGCCAUCUCCUUCUUCGCGCUCCCAGCGGGGAUUCUCGGCUCCGGCUUUGCCCUGAAGGUCCAGCAGAAGCAGAGACAGAAGCACUUCAACAGGCAGAUCCCGGCGGCAGCCUCGCUCAUUCAGACGGCCUGGAGGUGCUACGCGGCUGAGAACCCCGAGUCCUCCACCUGGAAGAUCUACGUGCGCAAGCCCGCUCGGAGCCAUGCACUGCUGUCCCCCAGCCCCAAGCCCAAGAAGUCUGUCAUGGUAAAGAGAAAGAAGUUCAAACUGGACAAGGACAAUGGGGUGAAUCCUGGAGAGAAGAUGCUCACGGUCCCCCACAUCACAUGCGAGCCUGUCUCUGAGGCACGGAGGCCGGACCACUUCUCCGUGGACAACUGUGACGGCUCUGUGAAGAAGAGCCCCAUGCUGCUGGAGGUGAGCACAGCCCACUUCGUGAGAACCAAUAGCUUUGCCGAGGACCUGGACCUGGAGGGGGAGACGCUGCUGGCGCCCAUCACCCACGUGUCACAGCUGCGGGAGCACCACCGGGCCACCAUCAAGGUCAUUCGGCGCAUGCAGUACUUUGUAGCCAAGAAGAAAUUCCAGGCUCCUGCUGCUGCCGCCAGAGGAAAUGAGCUCUGGAGAGAACGAGCGGAGAUGGUUUCUCCAGCGGGGCCCCAGGCCGCCCCUGACAGAGGCCUCCAGGAGUGCGGACCAGACCCGGGGGGACUAGCGGCUCCAAGGCGCGGAAACCCUACGACGUGCGGGACGUCAUCGAGCAGUACUCCCAGGGCCACCUCAACCUCAUGGUGCGCAUCAAAGAGCUGCAGAGAAGGCUGGACCAGUCUAUCGGGAAGCCCUCCCUCUUCAUCUCCGUCUCAGAGAAGAGCAAGGACCGCGGCAGCAACACCAUCGGGGCCCGCCUGAACCGGGUGGAAGACAAGGUGACACAGCUGGACCAGAGGCUGGUGCUCAUCACAGACCUGCUUCACCAGCUUCUCUCCCUGCACCAGGGCGGCCCCCCAGGCGGCCGGCCCCCCAGCGAGGGGGGGGCCCAGGCCCUGCGGCCUUGCAGCACCAUCAGCCCCGAGCUCUUCCUGCCCAGCAACACCCUGCCCACCUAUGAGCAGCUGACUGUGCCCCGCAGGGGCCCCGACGAGGGGUCCUGAUGGGGGCUUGGAGCCCCAGGCCUGUGAGGGCAGGGCCGGAGGGGCUGUUCAGCCUGGCCCACCUCCCACCCAGCAGGGGCACCCCACCCCACAGGUCGCCGGCAUCUCCUCGAAGGCCCAAGAGAGCAGCCCCUCCCUCCCAGGCCUCGGACCCCCCAGGGGCCACGCCGUCCUGAGAGCCUGCACUUAGAGGAGUCACCGAGGCCACCCUUCCAGCCAACGGGUACUAGAACUUGGCUGGGUUUGGGGGCCCCUCUCAGCUCUGAGACCAUGGCCCCCCACAUCAUUUGUAUGCCAGUUGGGACACAGUGGCAGGGCUCAGUCUAGACCCCCGGGGGGCCGGGCAUCCUAGGCACUUGGUCCAGCCCACAUAUGGUCAAGAAACAGCACAGGUGUGUGCAGGCCCACCCUGGUGGGCCUGGGGCCUUCCUCGGGGGGAGACAGAGGGCUGGUCAGGAGAGGGUCCACGGGUACCCCACCCUCAAACUCGAACCCAGGACCCGGGGAGGAGGCAGGCAGGGCAGGGCUGGCCCAGCCCGUGCCAAACCGAGGAUGCCCAUGAUCAAGGCCUAGCGGCCCCGCUCAGAGGGCCCCAGGCCUGGGCCGUGUUCUCCACCCCACAGAGACACCGGCUCAGAGGGCCAGGGCUGUGACGGAGGGGACCCUGAGGCUACCGCGUCCGGCAGGAGGGCCCGGCCCACCACGGUGCCCAGAGUGCUCCCUGGGGGUGGACUGUGCCCCACUGUGGACUGGCAGCUUCUCCUGCCCACCCCCUGCCCUGCGCGCGGCCCCCACCUCAGCUCCCCGCCAGGUCUGAGCAGCUAGAAAGACACACAGAACCGCCGCCCCGUCCCCGGCCGGGGGUGGGGUGGCAUAAGGGUGUCACAACCCCUGCACAAGACAGGGGCUGCUCCUGGGCGUCGCAUCUCACGGAAAUCAGAAUAAUUUGUGGUGAUUUGGAAUCUGUUUUAAUGAGCUUCACAGUGUGAUUUUGAUUCUUAAUUGUGGCGCUUUUCCUAAUAAACGUGGAGUCACGGA